GGUGACAGAGGCUAGAUAGGCAGAGUGAGAGGAGAUGGUGAGGGAGUGCGGGCGCCAGCGGAGAGGAGACGGGAGAGGAGGGACUGUGCGCGGUUCACUGUGCCUUUAAAGCGCCAAGCCCCUCCUCCCCAGAGCUGAACGGAGCAGUCGAGUGGUGCUGGCAGGAACCUGAGCCCCACGAUAAACUCUGGCAUCAGCUUCCCUUCAUCCGGCAGUCGGCGAGGACACAGUGAGGGCGCAGGGGCAGAGAGACGGGGACGGAGAAGGAGCGAGAGUGACAGAGAGGGGGGCAGAGAGAGACAAUCACAGGCAGAGACACAGAGAGAGGGGGGCUGUCAUUGGAAUCCCGCAGCUCCUUUUUUUUCCCAGCAGCAGCUCAACUGCUCUGUCCGCUGCCUCCUGAUGCAGGCGGACGCUGACGGGGAUGACGGGUCGCUGGUUUUCGGCAGCACAGUGAUCUGAGUGAUGGUAGCGGCCGCAGCGGCAUCACAGUCCAAGGCAGGCGCUCGCCUCUCCGCUCUGGCUCUUAGUCUUCAUCCUCGAGCCUCCUCUCUCCCCUCUCGGAGAGCUAUCAGGGACAUUUAUUGCGCCCAUCUCAUGCCGCCUGCCUACUCCUCCACAGCUUCAUCCUUCAAUUCUACCCCUCCUCUGAUGAGCCACAGCCUCAGAGUGAAAUAACCCUGCUGAUAGAAGCUUCUCUCCCUGUCAAGACACUGUGAAGUAGAGAAAGAGGGAGAAAUCGAAAGGAGAGGAGGAUGAGACAUGACAGCAUAAGUGAUUGCUUUCCUUCCCAUCUGUCCAGGUGCCAUGUGUGAUUGGCCAGCUCACCCAGCGGCAGUGGCGUCGCCCUGGAUUUGGCGAGAGGCUCUCCCCCCGGCUUGCACUCUGGGGCUCCUCUGGGAUGCUUUCAUGGGAUUUAUUUUGUCCUGCUGGAUGGCACGGAGCUCCUCGCCUCUCUGAAAAGAGCCCAGAGAGAAACCAUACACUGCACGGAUAAGAAGUACAAUAAUUAUCCAAUCACAGCACAAGGAGGCAGACCGGGUUCCCUUAGCAACAACUGAAGGAGAGAAGAGAAUCCUUUUUCCCUUUUCCUGCUCCCUUGGCUUUUGGGCACACCCCUGUGGACUGCCAGGGGGUCAGUGUUUUGUGAGAGGGAGAGCGCUGUUGCAUAAGACAAGCUGCCACCCAAAUUCCAGAGGUAGGUGCCUGUCCGCCUGCCAGCCCCCUGUGUAACUGUGUCUCGGCGACACCAUGAUUGUUUUGUUAUCCCUUCACAAAUUCUCAUCACAGGUCACGUUCCGCUGGCUUAGAAAUCAAUUCAUUCUGAUCCCACGCCACCUGGAAUAAGCCCCGCUUUGGGGAGAUAUUGGACGCUCUGUGCAAAAAAAGCCAACACCUAUCUUUCCCUCAUGGCCAAGCAAUGAAGGACAACGCGAUUAAGUCAUCGUUUCCAAAGAAAAUGGAUGGAAGUUUAUUUUGAUGUGAGUUUUCUUCUGACAGUCUUUUUAAUUUUUCCUGACGGAGGGAACGCCACACUGCACAGAGGAAUAUCACGCCCCCCCCCCCACCUUUUUUUUUCUCCAAACAGGAUCUGUCUCUUCUCUCUUUAAAGACAGUAGCCACUAAGUCACUAAGGGACUCUAUUAAGACGGCAAAUUGCGUCCCCGCUGGCCACCAAUAAUGUAGAACAGGAUCAUUUUGAAAAUUGAGCCACUGCUGGGAAUUCUAUUUUUCUAUCUACGCCGGACAGCCCGUCCGCCUGCCAUCAUGUCACUGUGUUUCGCAAGUGAAAAAGAUUGUGCAGGACGGGUAGAAGAGGGAAGAAGUCUCUCCCCUGUAUAGACGGGCGUUUUAAAUAGCAUCUCCUUGAGAACAAUUUCAAACGUACACAAUGACACAUGCGAUGAGUUGGCUCAACAUGAUUAUGUAAGAGUUUCACACCAGCUUCAGCCCGUGUAUUUGGCCUCUUCCUUUUCCAUGGAUUUACUGCGUUUGACUUUUCCCAUGCUCAUUUUCUCUUCUUUUCUGGAAGCGUCUACCAGAGGGCAUGGAUGUCACAGUGUGACCCCGUGCCGAGUGUGCGGGCGAGGCAAGGUGUUUUGGCUGCCCAGGUGCUUUUAAGAUGUUGAGGUCUCCCUGCGUGUCCGGGGCCCCUGUUCGGAUCAGUAGCACUGAGGCUCCCCGUAGCCAAAGACAUGGACCCCGACUCGGCUCCCCCACGCCCUCAGCCUGUUGGCCACUGGCCCCACGUCGCCCUGUAAAGGAUGUCCCUCAGCAGAGCUCCGGCCCGGGACACCUCUGAGACCCCCAGCCCGAGAGAACGCAUCCGCAGCCACAUGAAGAUGGUGAUCGACCAGCUAGAAGGCAUUCUCAAAGAGCUCAAGGAUGUGGCCAAGGAACUCCGGGAGGUGGUGGGUCAGAUUGAUAAACUUACGUCCGACUUUGACUUUGACCUGGAGCCGGACGACUGGACGGUGGCCACAGCCAGCAGCACGUCCAGCAGCGAGCGAGGUCUGGGAGAGGCCUUCAGGCUGGACUUCCUCAACGCAGAUGUGCUUUCUGAUAGCUGGGAGUUUUGCAGCUACCUGGAGGCCGCUGGCGCCACCGCCCGCAGACCCGGUGAGCAAGCAGGAGAUCUACGACCGGAGCUGGGCCGCGGGACCAUCCCGACCCAGACGCAGAGCCCAACCCCGACCCCUUCCACUGCCUCGGUCUACUCCCAGAUGAAUGGCGGGCUGCCGAUCCCCAAUGGGCCCCGCAUUAUCACUCCAGAUUCCUCCAGCGAGGAGGCCAGCAGCUCCACGCACAGCCACAAGACAUCCCGUACCUCUGGCACAAGAGAACGAGUGCGCUUCAGUGACAAAAUUCUGUACCACGCGUUGUGCUGUGACGAUGACGAGGAGGAGGAGCAAGACGAUUCACAGGAGGACAAGAGUGGCUGUGCUACACCAGAGAGCGAUACUGAGCCCAGUCUCCUGACAAGCUCGGUCACCCCCAAACGUUCUUCCUCUGAGCACUCGCUCCUCCAUAACUGUCUGGACCCUUCGUACGUCUCCUCGCCGGUGAGGGGGAUGACAGGAGCUCACACACUACCCAGGAAAGGUCUCUUAAACCCCAGCUGCCGCAAAAAACUGUUACGAAAUAGCAGCACACAAACUGUCUCUGACAAGAGCACCCAAACUGUACUGCCCUAUGUUCCAACCAAACAGAAAACAAAGGACCACUGAGAAAGCCCUAAGUUUAUCAUAAAUCUCAUGAAGAGGACUGUGCAUUAUUUAAUUAUUAAAUACAUAGCUCAUAGAUUAAUACACAAAUAAAUUAAUUACUAAAUAAAUAAAUGAUAUAUGGGAAAACACUCGACUACCUAAAGUCAUUCUGAGGCUCAGGGAAAACACAAUGAAAUGAAGUAAAGCAGAUCGUUAGGAUGGAAGUCACUGGUGGACCAAACGGUUAGUGCCUGUUCUAAUGUUGAAAGAUACACUGAAUGGAUUCCCUCUGUGUAAUAAUCUGAAACAAUGACAGAGAUUACAGAAGAAAAAAAAAUCAUUUUUAAUAGAUUAUUUCAAGUGUUCAAAAUUGGGAGUGAAGUGUGAAGAGGUCCCUACCCCCCCUCAUACGACCUUAUGAGUCAGAAAAAUAAACGAAAACAAAAAAAAUGCUUAUUCCCGUAAUGUGGAUACAAAACACUGCACAUUCUGUACCCUGAAUCUGUAUAAAUGUCUUUUUUUCAUG